AUGACUGCAGCGCCCGUGGAGGGGGAACUCGCUAUGGUUGGAGAGGUCGCGGAGCAGCUCCGCGACGUUCGGCGUCAUGUCGACUUCUUUGACAACGACGUUCACCAGGCUCGUGACCUGGCGAGGGAGGCGGACAGUCGCUCACUGGCGACUGAGACAACUGUUGCCGGGUUUGCUCGGUGGCUCGAGCGCCUCGAGCAGUCAAACGAGGCGCUACGGCGGGAGACCGCGACCUUGAGGGGUCAUCAUCCGCCUGAUCCGCAGAGGCCUCCGCGACAUCGAUGUUCACGCUAUGCGCCCCCGAUACAUCUAUCUGCGUUGGGAGAAGAGGCGGGUGAUACCGCUUGA